AGACGCUGGGUUGACGUCCUUAAAAACAGACUAGCGAUAUCUAGACGACUGCCGGCAGUUGACUUAAACAAGCCGUUGUGAUGACUUGUAAAACGGAAACAAGUGAAAUUAGAGUGUAUAUAUGCCGUGGUCGAUAUCACUUUCCUGAGGCCAGCAAAACAGUAUAUCAGCCUCAGUCUACGCUUUUCUAGAGGCCAAAUCCCAAUCAAAAAGCCGAUUUUCAUUAUUGGUCCUUGUCGCACUGGAACUACUUUCCUCCAAAAGCUCCUAUUCUCUGAUCCUCUAAAUACAUGCCUCAAGUAUUAUGAACUUUUGCAACCAGUUGUAGAUGCUGAUACCGGCGUCGAGGACCCACGGAUUAUGAAAGCUACACAGGCAAAAGCCAGAAUGUACGUCACCAGUGCUGCUUUCAAAACCAUGCACCGCUAUGAAGCUGGCGGUCCCGAAGAAGAUUUCUAUCUAUUCCAUAACAUCGGUGUGUUUAAGGAUUGCGCUUUCCAACUCUCGGACUGUAGAGAGUAUGUAAAGUGGAUGGAGGCGAGAACGAAUGACGAAAUGCUUGAGGCUUAUCGUUUCCAUAAGCAGCAGACUCAGCUUAUAUUACAUAGCAGAGAAUUUCUAAACAGCGAUCUACGGAUGGUUUUCAAAGAGAAUUUCCACAGUCUGUAUUUGGCUGUCGCACUUAAGGUCUAUCCUGACGCAAUCUUCGUCCACACCUACCGCAAUCCGAGUACAACCGUUGCCUCCCUGUGUUCUGUCCGCGAAAACUUCAAGCUACUCACAUACGAGAAAGAUGACGUGGACUUGAAGCAAAUUGGCAGAGAGGUAUUGGGUAACUCAUUCUGCCACGGUGGAAUACAGAUGAUGAAUUACAGGAAACACAACCCAGAGCUGGAGCACAGAUUCAUCGACAUUGCGUAUGACGACCUCGCAACAUCGCCUAUGGAUGUUGUGAAGAAAAUAUACGAUCAUUUUGGCCUGGAACUGACCGACGAAGUUACAGAAAAAAUGGAGGCGUAUGUGAAGGAAAAUCCGAAAAACAAAUAUGGGUGCCACGAGUACGACCUAAAUCGCUAUCACCUGACUAAAGACGAAGUCUUAAAGCACUUUAAAGAUUAUGUCGAAGAGUACAAAAUACCCUGUUGAUCAGCAGAGUUAAGUUUUAUUGCUCGUGAUAUAGUUGGAAUUUUGUUGGUUACUUUAUGCAAGGAGUUAUAACAGUUAUAACUCCUUGCUUUAUGUUGGUAUUUAGCAUAAAUACUUUAACUUUAAAUUCCUUUUAUAGGCCUACCUUAUAUAGUCGCAUGUCUGUUGGGUGACAUAGUGGAAAUUCAGCGCCAAACAUAUAUUUUAUUCAGAGUUAGUAGGCCCUAAUACCAUUCUAAAAAUCUUGUUACGAAAGAGCAGUUAUUGGUUAACUACUCUUACUUCAACUGCCAUCUCAUCAUGGGUAGAAUACAACACAAUUACAAUACAUUGCACGGCGGCAGUGAUGGAGCUAAGGGAUGGAUCCUUCUGUAUGAUAUUGGAGCAAAAUUGAUUUUUUUUUUAUGCAAACUAGACAUCUGACAGUCGCAAAAUGUUAAUAACAAUUUUAUUGAAAAUUAAGGUACCCAGGUUCAGUUGAAACUAUGAUAACAUAAGGUUAUUAUUAGGACAACAAUAGGACAACCGUGCAAACCAUUUACAACUGAUGGCACUAUGGCCUUUGGCUUGACAACCGCUUAUGCUAUUGCCUACUGUACAUAAAUUUUAACAUAUGAUGAUUAUAAUUCAAGACUGUUAUAAACUACAGGAAAAUUGCAAGUUUGAAGAGUUUAUAUCAUUUAAUACCAGCACACCCCAAACUUUGCUUAAAAACUUUAUUACCUCCGUUAUAUUACAUUUCUCCGCAUAGGGGAAUGUUAUAUAAACGAGGCGAUUCAGUGAGGUGGACAAACGUUCAGUUGGAUUCAAGCAGUGGUUGUGCUGAGUAGGUUAAAUAAAUUUUCGGGUUGCUUUUUUAUACUGUCUUGUCGUUAUAAAAAUGCGUUUACCAGAGGAACGAUACCUGAUUAAUCAUAAGCCACAACAAAAAUGCAAGUUUGUGUGUGUGAAAGGCGGGGGGUGAGAGAGCAAGGUAGACCACUAUAUAUCAGCAAUCACAACACAUUUAUUGCUUGAACUUUGUACAAUAUACUGAUAUGGUCACUCUGAUAAAUACAAUUUAUUUUACAACAAACCAAUAAACAUUUAAAACAGGUAAAAAUACCUUGUUAGAAUUGUUUUGAUAUAAAAACAUGAAAAACAUUUGGUCAGUUAGAAAAAAGUGUGUAUAUAUUACACAUUUGGGACGGUUUUUAAGUAGUAAAAGUAUCUAUGGACGGACAAUGGUAAACCACCGACUUCAAUUCUGAAAUUUAUUGAAAACUGAUAUAGAAUUAAAAAGAAUAUGUGCACAAUAUACAUUAUGUUAAAUUCAUCAUAAAAAUCUAAGCAAGUUUGUUUCUUUUUGUGUUGGAUGCAAAGUCUGUUUAUAUACAUAAAUAUCUUUUCCAGAAAAUUACAGAAAGAGUACCUUUAUAUGGUUCCCAAUGAAUCUUAUCUUUGUAUGUCUUACAAUAUAAUGGAAAGUGAGUCUUUGAGCAAUUCAAGUGUUUGGGACAUUUCUUGUUGUUAAAGUUCAUUGAGUUCUGACAUUGAAAUUGUGGAAAAAGUCUUUGUGGAAAAAACAUAAUGAUCUUUUCCUU